AUGGCUUCAUCCUCCUCCUUCACAGAAAGGUACGACGUGUUCUUGAGCUUCAGAGGUGCAGACACACACAACUACUUCACGAGCCACUUCAACAGUAAAUUAGUGGCGUCUGGAAUCCAUACCUUCUUCGACAACAAACUAAGGAGAGGGGAAGAUAUAUCACUGUCAUUGAUCAGGGCAAUCGAAGGGUCUAGGAUCUCUCUCAUAGGCUUCUCAGCGAACUAUGCAAGUUCAACAUGGUGUCUUGAUGAGCUGGUGAAGAUCAUGGAGUGUAGAAAAACAUUGGAGCAAGCUGUUUUUCCAAUAUUCUAUUAUGUUGAUCCUUCAGAUGUCAGGCAUCAGACGGGUAGUUUUGCGAAGGCAUUUGUAAUUUAUAAAGCUGCAAAUAGAUAUCAGAGAAUGAAUGAGGGAAAGUUUCUCCAUGACAUUUUUGACCUGAUUAGUAGACAGCUGAGACCCACACAUACUUACAUGUGGCCAACGACCCAGUUGGAAAUAGAUUUUGGCGUUGAAGAGAUUAGUAAAUCAUUAUGUGUUGGAGUAGAUGAUGAUGUUCACAUGGUUGGAAUUUGGGGUAUGGGUGGAAUGGGCAAAACAUCUGUUGCCAAAGCCAUCUACAACAAAUUUUAUCGUAGUUUUGAAGGAAUUGAUUUUCUUCCUCAAGGAAACCUGGUUUCUAUGGACCUGCAGUACAGCAAUCCCGUACAAGUUUGGGAGCGUCCCAGGGUGCUCGAGAAGUUGAAGAUUCUUGAUCUCAGUCAUUCACAUUACCCGACACAAUCACCAGACUUUUUAAAACUCCCAAAUCUUGAGUAUUUGAUCAUGAAAGGCUGCAAGAGUUUGUCAGAGAUGCACCAGUAUUGCCGAUGGUAA